AUACCAGAGCUGUGUGUUACCAGGAUACAGGGGACACAUACAGGGGGACAUGGAGCACAACGGAGAGUGGUGCAGAAUGUCUGAACUGGAAGACCAAAGCUUUCGACUUUAACCGCUUCCACGUGCAUCGUCCAAACGCCUUGCACUUGGGGCUUGGUGAUCACAAUUAUUGCCGAAAUCCAGAUAAAAAAUCAAAACCCUGGUGCCAUGUUCUUAAAAACAAUGGGUACGCCUGGGAAUUUUGCAGCAUUAAGUCCUGCGCCAAUGAAAAAGAUUCCUGUGUUUUGGGAAGAGGCACCGACUAUCGGGGCAGCCAUCACCAAACAGCAUCUGGGGUGACGUGUCUGAGAUGGGACUCCCACAUCCUUGACAAGAAAGUUUACAACGCCUUCCAUUCCGAUGCCCAUCAUCUAGGCCUCAGCAGCCACAACUACUGCAGGAAUCCUGACAAUGACACUCGGCCGUGGUGCUAUAUAUUCAAGAACAGAGUGACAAGAUGGGAACACUGUGAAGUGCCAGCCUGCUCCACUUGUGGGCUGAGGAAGCAUAGGGUGGCUUUGAUCCCAAUCAAAGGAGGUGCAUAUUCGUAUAUUGAGUCCCACCCGUGGCAGGCGGCCAUUUUUAUGAAGAACCGAGGUAGAGAAGGUUUUCAGUGUGGUGGGAUCCUCAUCAAUUCUUGCUGGAUCCUCUCAGCUGCUCACUGCUUUUCAAAGAGCACUGUCCUCCAAAGCCUCAAAGUUGUCCUGGGCCGGACGGCCCGUGUGAAACCAUCCAUCACAGAGCAGAUCUUCCAAGUGGAGAGGUACAUUAUGCAUGAGAAGUACAACGCCGCCACUUAUGACAAUGACAUUGCCCUGUUGAAGUUGAAACACCGUUUCGGAAACUGUGCCGCAGAAACUGACAGUGUCCGUCCCGUUUGUCUCCCAAAAGCUGGACUCAAGCUGCCCGACUGGACGGAAUGUGAGGUGUCCGGAUACGGCAAGCACGAAAGCAGUUCGCCUUUCUUCUCAGAAUUUCUGAAGGAAGGACAUGUGAGGCUGUAUCCAGACAGCUUAUGUACCUCUGCACGACUUGCAAACAAGACUGUCACUGAGAAUAUGCUGUGUGCAGGAGACACCCGACAGUUUAAUGACGCCUGCCAGGGUGAUUCCGGAGGCCCCCUGGUUUGUCUGAACGAUGGACGCAUGAAGUUAAUCGGUAUCAUCAGCUGGGGAAUAGGUUGUGGCAAGAAAAACACGCCAGGGGUUUACACCCGAGUGAGUCGCUACCUGAAAUGGAUCCAGGAGAACAUGCGUAACUGAGUCUUUCAGGGCUUCCUUUCAGGAACUCCUUGCAUCAGGGAAUCACACUCUAGGAACUGGGCCGGGAAGCCGGUGUUACUCAUGGGGAGGACACACACUUUGUGCGGUGCCUCUCUCCUGCAACAAUGAGUUUGAGGUCUGUGCAGCUGUGCUUAGGAACCGGGCUAAAACAAUAGUAUUCUUUUUUUCAAGAAGCAUUUCUAGGCAUGCCUAAGACUGGAUGCUUACAGGUAAUCCUCGUCUUAGGAACUGCAACGGAGCCCAGAAUUUCUGUUGCUAAGCGAGAUAGUUGAGUUU